AUGGUCCAGCAGAUUGCUGAUUUCACGUUAUCAGCAUUGCAACGCCUUAUCAUAUUUUUGUGUAACCAAGGUCAGGCUGCCAUACAUUUUCCCACAGUCAAGAUCCUCGCUCAGAUACUGGGUCAGCAACCACUGCCAACAGAGCUGAUGGAUUUUUAUGCCCAACUGGUGGGUAUCCUAAGCACGCUCACUCCUGCUGACCUCUCUGCACUGCUAGACAAAGUGGCUCCAUCCUCAAUGCUCGCUUUGGUGAAGAGCAACUCAAGCUGA